UUUCUUCUGUUCUUCAACCAAGCUAACAGAGAAAGACUCAACAGAAACUACAAAAACACACAUCAACAUCACGCAUGAAGCCCCCUUAAAAAAAGCACUCGGAUUUGAGUUGAGUUGAGUUGAGUUGAGAUUUGAGUCGAGUCAUUUUGCUUUUCUUCUACUCCCCCUUUCGUUAGAAAGAAGAAAGUCAUCUCUCUCUCUUGGCGGGAGUGGGCCUCACUGUCCUAUCAAAAUCUCGUCUCCUUCAAGUCUUUUUCUGAUAAAUACGUCUCCACAUCUAACUACCCUUGUUCCUAUUCCUCUUCUUCUUCUUCUUGCUUCUUUUUAUUCACUGUAUAUUCUUCUGUGAUUAAAUUUCAUUUAUUUUUCUUUGUCAACUGAACUCUAAUGGAAAACCGUUUCUGGGUUCUGUUGUUUGUCUGUUUUUCCUCUUUUCAAUUGUCUUUUUCUCUCUCGCCGGAUGGACUCACUCUGCUUUCACUCAAAUCCGCCAUUGAUCAGCCAUCAGACGGCUCUGUUUUCUCCGACUGGAACGAGAACGACCCCACACCCUGUCACUGGUCAGGCAUUUUCUGCAUGAACAUUUCCGGCUUCCCCGACCCACGAGUGGUCGGCAUCGCAAUUUCCGGCAAAAAUCUGCGUGGCUAUAUUCCCUCCGAGCUCGGUUCUUUAGCCUAUCUCCGUAGACUCAACCUUCACAACAAUAAUUUGUACGGAUCAAUUCCUGUUCAGUUGUUCAACGCCACCGCACUUCACAGUCUCUUUCUCUACGGCAAUAAUCUCUCUGGUUCUCUCCCGCCGUCGAUCUGUAACCUCCCUAGACUCCAAAACCUUGAUCUUUCCAACAAUUCUUUAACGGGUUCUCUUCCUGAUGAUAUAAAGAAUUGCAAGCAAUUACAAAGGCUUAUACUUGCCAAAAACAAAUUUUCCGGGAAGCUUCCAGCAGGGAUUUGGCCAGUUUUGGAAAAUUUGGUACAGCUUGAUCUUUCUGCAAAUGAUUUUGAAGGCCCCAUACCCAAUGAUCUUGGCGAGUUACAGUCUUUAUCAGGUACUCUUAAUUUAUCUUUCAACCAUUUAUCUGGUAGAAUCCCGAAAUCGCUUGGGAAUUUACCUGUUACAGUCAGUUUUGAUCUGAGAAACAAUAAUUUGAGCGGUGAAAUACCUCAAACGGGGUCGUUUGCAAACCAAGGACCAACUGCUUUUCUUAACAAUCCUCAAUUAUGCGGCUUUCCUCUUCAAAAAUCUUGCAAAGACUCUUCAGAUAGCCAGCAGGAAACCCAGAGUUCGGUGCCGGAAUCCGAUAAGAACAAAAGAAAAGGCCUGAGUCCCGGUUUGAUUAUAUUAAUAUCAGUAGCUGAUGCAGCUGGUGUUGCAUUUAUUGGUUUAGUGAUCGUUUACAUUUACUGGAGAAAGAAAGACUCCAAUGGCGGAUGUAGCUGCACGGGAAGAAGCAAACUCGGAGGAAACGAAAAGGGAAAGCUCUGUUCUUGUCCUUGCAUAAACGGUUUUAGAAAUGAAGAUUCUGAAUUGGAGGAUCACGAAAAAUCAGAAAGAACGAAAUGUGAAGGAGAGCUGGUGGCAAUUGAUAAAGGGUUUUCGAUUGAGCUCGAUGAGCUGCUGAGAGCUUCAGCUUAUGUACUGGGAAAGAGUGGGUUAGGGAUUGUGUACAAAGUUGUUCUCGGAAAUGGCGUGCCAGUGGCUGUAAGGAGACUUGGUGAAGGUGGAGAACAGAGAUAUAAAGAGUUCGUCAGUGAAGUCCAGACCAUUGCUAAAGUAAAACAUCCUAAUAUUGUUAAGUUGAGAGCUUAUUAUUGGGCACCAGAUGAGAAGCUUCUUAUCAGUGAUUUCAUUUCCAAUGGCAACUUGAAUAAUGCUCUUCGAGGGAGAAGUGGGCAGCCAUCCUCAAGCGGCCUCUCAUGGUCAAUAAGGCUGAGAAUUAUAAAGGGAACAGCUCGGGGCUUGGCCUAUCUUCACGAAUGCAGUCCAAGAAAAUUUGUCCAUGGAGACAUCAAACCAUCAAACAUCCUCAUCAACAAUGAUUUUCAACCUUACAUCUCCGAUUUUGGACUCAACAGACUCGUAAACAUCACAGGCAAUAGUCCUUCUUCCUCCGGCGGAUUUAUGGGCGGAGCCCUCCCUUACAUGAAGUCAGUCCAAACAGAACGAGCCAACAAUUACAAAGCUCCAGAGGCUCGAGUCCCCGGAAGCCGACCCACGCAGAAGUGGGACGUAUAUGCGUUCGGCGUCGUUCUGCUCGAAUUACUCACUGGAAAGGCGCCUGAACUCUCGCCAACCACAUCAACGUCCAUCGAAGUUCCGGAUCUGGUGAGGUGGGUGAGAAAAGGCUUCGAAGAAGAGAACCCAUUAUCGGAUAUGGUCGAUCCGUUAUUGCUGCAAGAAGUGCAUGCCAAAAAGGAGGUGCUGGCAGUUUUUCAAGUGGCACUUACUUGCACAGAGACAGACCCUGAGGUCCGGCCGAGGAUGAAAAAUGUAUCGGAAAAUCUUGAGAGGAUUGGCUCAUAGAAGAAAGAGAUUUUUGGUUAAAUUAAUUUCCUGCAACAAAGAAGCUGCAAUUUCUUGAUUUUGCAAGGGUCGAUUCUUCAUUUUUUAAACAAUGGAUUUGGCGAAGUUGCUGAGGGAAUAAAUUUCAAUCCCAUCAUCUUCCCAGCCACAUGCCUUUAGCAAUUUUUUAUAGCUUCACUGGAAUAUACAUGUUAUGUUUGUAUUGUGGCAAAAGUUUUUAGGUGACUAAUUGGUAAUUUAAAUUUUAUUGAAUUUUCCUCUAAAUAGGUUUUGCUUGUAAUAAGAAUUAAGAAGUGUUACUUUUUAGCUCUUUUAAUGAUUUGUCUAGUGGAGGACAGAAAGGUUAUCCAUGUUUCUUAAUAAUAAAACUAUCUUUACAUAUUUGUUAGCA